AUGUCUUCUCGAAAGCAAGUCGAUCCCCGUAUCGGCGCCUUGAUUCGCAAUGGCCUACAAGAAAAGAAGAGAAGCUUCUUCGUUGUUGUCGGCGACCACAGCAAGGAUGUGAUUGUGCGCCUGCAUUACAUCAUGUCGCGCGUCGAUAUCAAGCAGAACAAGUCGGUUCUAUGGGCGUACAAGAACAAGCUUCUCAACUUUACCAGUCACCGAAAGAAGCGCGAGGCCAAGAUUAAAAAGGAAAUAAAAAAGGGCAUCCGCGAAGUCAACGACGAAGACCCGUUCGAGCUGUUCAUUUCGCUGCACAACAUCCGCUACACCUACUACAAGGAGACGGACAAGAUUCUCGGCAACACCUAUGGCAUGUGCAUUCUGCAGGACUUCGAGGCCGUGACGCCCAAUAUUCUCGCGCGCACCAUUGAGACGGUCGAGGGCGGCGGCCUGGUCAUCCUGCUGCUCAAGGGCAUGAACUCGCUGCGCCAGCUCUACAACCUGUCCAUGGACGUGCACGCGCGGUACCGCACCGAGGCCCACGCCGACGUCGUCGCCCGCUUCAACGAGCGCUUCCUGCUCUCGCUGGGCGGCUGCGAGUCGUGCCUCGUCAUCGACGACGAGCUCAACGUGCUGCCCAUCUCGGGCGGCAAGGACGUCACGGCGCUCCCGCCCCCGGACCUCGACGAGAACACGACGCCCGCGCAGCGCGAGCUCGAGGCCAUCAAGGACGACACGCAGGACCGCCAGCCCGUCGGCGCCCUCGUCAAGCUCGCGCGCACCGUCGACCAGGCCAAGGCUCUGCUCACCUUCACCGACGCCAUUGCCGAGAAGACGCUGCGCAGCACGGUGGCGCUGACCGCCGCCAGAGGACGCGGCAAGUCGGCCGCGCUUGGUGUCGCGGUUGCGGCCGCGGUGGCCUACGGCUACAGCAACAUCUUCAUCACGUCGCCCUCGCCUGAAAACUUGAAGACGUUGUUUGAGUUUGUGUUCAAGGGCUUCGACGCUCUGGGCUACGCCGACCACGCCGACUACUCCAUUAUUCAGAGCACGAAUCCCGACUUCAACAAGGCCAUUGUUCGCGUCAACAUUCACCGUCAGCAUCGUCAGACGAUUCAAUACAUUCGUCCACAGGACGCCCACGUUCUCGGGCAGGCUGAGUUGGUUGUUAUUGAUGAGGCGGCGGCUAUCCCUCUGCCGCUUGUGCGCAAGCUGAUGGGCCCGUAUCUCGUCUUCAUGGCUUCGACGAUUAACGGUUACGAAGGCACUGGCCGCUCGCUAUCGCUCAAGCUCAUCAAGCAGCUACGCGAGCAGUCGCGCAGCGCUUCUGCUGGUGGUGCUAAUACCGAAAUUACAGAUCGCUCUACCGGACGUGCGGCCAAGGGCGAAGAGUUCCAGGCUGGUCGCAGGUUGCGAGAGAUUACUCUCUCCGAGCCUAUCCGUUAUGCGCAGGGCGAUGGUGUCGAGAAGUGGCUCAACAAGCUGCUGUGCCUCGACGCCCAGCUGCCCAAGGUCAAGGCCGGAUCCCCGGACCCUUCUCAGUGCGAGCUCUGGAAACUUAACCGCGAUACCCUCUUUUCUUUUCAUCAAGUAUCCGAGGCUUUCCUCCAGCAAAUGGUUGCGCUGUACGUGGCGAGCCACUACAAGAACACGCCCGACGAUCUGCAGCUGAUGAGUGAUGCCCCCGCGCAUGAGCUCUUUGUCCUGACUGGUCCUCAAUCGGAUCAAACUAGCAGACUCCCAGAGCCCUUGUGUGUGAUUCAGGUCGCUCUCGAGGGUAAGAUUAGCCGAGAAAGUGUAUUGAACAGCUUGAGCCGCGGACAAAGGCCCACUGGUGAUCUAAUCCCCUGGCUUGUGAGCCAGCAGUUCCAAGACGAGAAUUUCGCUACACUCUCUGGCGCUCGUGUCGUGCGAAUUGCCACCAACCCCGAGUACAUGUCCCAAGGCUACGGUUCCAAGGCCGUAGAGCUCCUCAUCGCCUACUACGAGGGCAAAUUUGCCAACCUGUCGGAGGAUGAGGACCAGGUCAUGGACGACCGAGUCAGCCGAUCUACCAAUGCAGAGCUGUCAAAGACGUCGCUGCUGGACGACAACAUUGUUGUGCGUGACGCGCUGCCGCCGCUGCUCAACAGCCUGUCACAUAAGCGACCCGACAAGCUGGACUAUAUUGGCGUUAGCUACGGCCUAACCAAGGAGCUGCAAAAGUUUUGGAAGCGGUCUUCGUUUGCUCCCGUAUACCUGCGCCAAACUGCCAAUGAUUUGACCGGCGAGCACACCUGCGUCAUGCUGCGGCCUCUGGAGACGGGCGACGACCCGAGCUGGCUCGGCGAGUUCUCGCGUGACUUCCAACGGCGAUUUAUCUCACUUCUUUCCUACCAGUUCCGUACGUUCAACGUCCAAAUGGCUCUCAGCAUUGAUGAAGCUGCCUCUGCUGGCGCCAAGCUCGACAACACAGAGGUUGCGCCCCUCACCAAAGAGGAGCUGGAUAGGCACAUGACGCCCUUUGAUCUGAAGCGCCUAGAGUCGUAUGCCAACAACAUGCUCGACUACCACGUCAUUCUGGACCUGCUACCCACCAUUGCCAACCUCUACUUCAACGGCAAGCUGAAGCAGGGCGUCAAUCUGACGGGCAUCCAAAAGGGCAUCGUCAUGGCCAUGGGCCUGCAGCGCAAGGACUUUGAUGCGGCCUCGCGGGACCUGACGGUGCCCGCGCCGCAGCUGAUGGCCAUGUUCAUCAAGGUCCUGCGCAAGGUGACUACGCACUUUGCCAGCCUCGUCGCCGCGGCCGUGGACGCGGAGAUGCCCACGGCGGCGCAGGUCGGCGUCAGCCGCGCCGAAGCCGACGGGGCGCACGACGACGAGGCGGUCCACGACAAGUACGCGCCGCUGACGCUGUCGCUGGACGACGAGCUGGCCGAGGGCGGCCACGAGGCGCUGGCGGAGCUACGGAAGAAGCAGCGCGAAAUGAUUGACUCGCUGCCGCUGGACCAGUACGCCAUUGACGGCGACGCACCCGGGUGGGAGCAGGCCGAGAAGCAGCUCCAGAGCGCCACCAAGGGCGGCAAGGGGGCGGGCGUCGUGAGCGUCAAGUCGGGCAAGACGAAACGCAAGGCAGUCGUGACGGCCGGCGAGGUAUACGAGGAGACGUUUGGCGACAAGUCGUCGAAGAAGAAGGCCAAGAAGGCCAAGAAGGCAUAA